AUGGCAAUCAAAUUCACUCUUCACUGCCCUUCGACCGAAAAGACUAAGAAGGAUUUCAUGAUCCGGAAUCCCGACAAGCACUUCAAUCUCCUCUACGAUAUUCGUUCGAUAUUCAGAACCAACUACGCUGCGGUCUACGACAUCCGCGCCAAACCAAUCGAUAACCUUCGCGAUUGCGUAUCGGGACAGGUUGUACAAGUUGCUAUCAGUCGAGACGAGACCAUGAAAUAUUACAAGCCAUGGAACUGCAUCAUGUACAACGGCGAGGACAGCGCAAACGUAGACUGGAUGACUGAUGGCGUUGGACUGGCAUGGGAGGACCUUAACGAUCAACAAAGGUGCGCCCACAUCACGUGUGUUUCCAGUGCUGGCGCAAACACCGGUGGCUUCGUUCAAACCAACAUCAUCCGCAUCACGCGCCCAUACGCCACCGUCAAAAAGGAGGUACAGGAAAUCCUCGUCAGUGAUCCCGAACAGAUGUGCACCCAACCCGAUGUCGGUAUGGCAAUCUUCUACAAUUGGAACUGGAAGUGGGAGGUUUUCCUGCCAGCUUCCAUGAUGCCCGACGACCCCAAAGACGUGUCUCCCAAAGUCCUCAGUCUCCUCACCGUCCUUUCUUCUUUUACCCAUGGUUCAGCACGUAAGGUGCGCGCCUACGUCAUUGAGGCCGUCAAGGCGCGUCUGGCUGAACUGGGAGACGGAGAGACUAAAGAUCCAUUGCUGCAGGAGGAAGAUAUUGUUCAUGUCAUUAGUACGCUCUACGAGAAGGCGGGAAGUCCAAAAGCCAAAGACUACCUAGCUGAAGAAAACAAGGUGAAAGAGAGGGAACGGAAAGAGACCUGGAGCAUGAGCCGAAGACCAGAAGGCACGAGAAAGGAGAAGGCGUGA